AUGCCGCUCGAAUCGCUCGAACAAUGCACACCGACACCGCGAAUUACCGCCCGCAACGCUUCUGCCGUGAGUGCCUCCGGAAAACGAGCCACCCCUAGCAAGCGAAAGCCGAAACUGGCACCCACUCCUUUACCGGAACGCGCACUCGAGCGGUCAAAGGCGAGAUCGGUGUUUGAGCGCGCCCGGGAAAAAUUGCAUAUGUCUGUGUACCCGGACGCGCUGCCGUGCAGAGAGGACGAGUAUGCGCAGAUCUAUUCGGAGCUGACGAGUGCGAUUGAGGAAGGUUCGGGCGGUUGCGUGUACAUAUCGGGUGUUCCGGGAACGGGGAAAACGGCUACCGUCCAUGCAGUCAUGCGAGCCCUCGACAAGGCGGUGGAAGAUGAGGAACUCUCGCCAUACCGCUUCGUAGAGAUCAACGGGAUGAAGCUGACGGAGCCCGCACAAGCCUACUCUGUGCUGUGGGAAGCCCUGACGGGCAAGAAAGUCAGCUCCACACAUGCGCUUUCCUUGCUGCAGAAGCAUUUCACGACUCCAUCUCCGAACCGACAACCCACCGUGCUUCUCAUGGACGAGAUUGAUCUCCUCGUCACGAAAAACCACUCGAUCAUGUACAAUUUCCUGACAUGGCCGGAUCUACAACAUGCACGGCUAAUCGUUGUCGCCAUUGCUAAUACGAUGGACUUGCCGGAACGGAUGAUGAUUAACAAGGUGUCUAGUCGUUUGGGAUUGACGAGGAUCAACUUCCCGGCAUACACGCACCAGCAGCUCAUUGAGAUUGUACAAUCACGACUGGAAGGCGUGCAGUGUUUUGAGAAGGAUGCUGUGGAGCUGUGUGCGAGAAAGAUCGGAGCGGUGUCUGGGGACGCUAGACGAGCCUUGGAUAUCUGUCGUCGAGGCGUAGAGAUACUGGAAGCGAAACUGGAAAGCGCCGCAGAGGCCGGGACGCAGGACAACAAGCUCGUGACGAUGAUGGUGAUCGACCAGGCUGUCAAGGAGAUGUUUGCGUCGGUGGCGGUGCAGUCGGUGGGGAGGGGGAGCACGCAUCAGAGGGUGUUUUUGGUUGCGCUUGUGAGGAGUGUGAGAAGGGCGGGGAUUGGGGAGGUUGAGUAUGGGCCGGUCUCAGACGAGCACUACCGCCUUUGCGACAUGGGCAACCUCCCCGCCCCCACCGCCUACGAUCUCUACGGGAUCUGCGCCCAACUCCACACUUCGCGCCUUAUCCUGUUGGAGCAGCACCGCGCAGGCGACAGGUCGCAGAAGCUACAGCUGAAUAUUAGCGAGGAGGAUGUGGUGACGGCCGUGCAGAAUGGAGGCGAGGCGUGGUUGAAGAGGCAGGUGCAGAGUCAGUAG